UGAAUGCCUGGCCCACCACCUGACCGAAGAUUAGCAGACGAACUUUUGGUGACGUCAUCUCGUCUGCUUCCUGCCAACAGAAGGAACGAUAACCGUGUACGCUAUGAGUGUCUCGCUGUCGUUGUCGUUGCUUCAUUUCAAGGAGGAAUGGCUAGCACCGCUGUGACCUUCAGAGUGCAAGGGAAAGUUGAAGAUGGCUUUCAGAUGUAUGUUGUUGGUGACAAAGAUGAGAUUGGACACUGGAUUUCUGAUACUGCCAUACGUCUCAACUGCAUUACUGUUGACAAGAAAUCUCUUUGGGAAAGAACAGUGCAUCUUCCAAGGAACCAAACUGUAUUCUAUCGAUUCUUUAUUGGCCAGGAAAUUCUUGUAAAAUCGGAGAACAGUGGGAUGAGGGAGCUUGUUGAAGUUAUUUGGUGGGAAACCAACGUUCAGCCUCGUCAGUGUAUGUGUCCAGAUCAAGACACAUUAGUUCUACCUGUUGCAGACUUUGGAACAUAUGAUGGCUCCACCACUAUAAGCAAUGGAUGGCUGAAACAUCAGAUGGCUAUACAAGUUCGUUUCCAUAGCAGCCCUAUUCAUAUGUUGAAGCCAAAGUACCAAAAAGAGACUUACAGUAUUCAAUGCUUUCCUUUGGAUUAUGAACCUGGGAUGAAAGCAUCAGAUAUUUCUUUGGAAAGCUGUACUCAUGAUGAUGAUAGCCAUGAUGGGCCACCAACAUGUGGCAGGACUGCUGUCUACUUCACUAAUCUGAACUCAGCAGACCAGAAGCCAGCACCACAGCCUCCUUUUGGCUGUAUUUAUGAAAAAGAUGAUUAUUUAGUAUUCAUUGCCAGAGGGGCCAAUCAUCACCAUGUGGGAUUUCAGCUUGAUUUUUAUGUUCACAUUGAGACUGCAGCACCUAGGCUCGUGGGAACAUCUCAUUUGCUUCCAUUAGAAAAUGAUGUUUCUUUCUUAAUAAAGAAAGUUCCCAUCAUUGGGCUAAACCACAAGCCUAUUGGUGAAGUAACAGUUGAAACGUUUAAAAUCACUCCCUUGAAUAUUCCAAUGGAUAUGGAAGUUUCAUAUCAAAAUCAUUGGAAAUGGAAGACAGAUGGUUCCACGUUGAAUGUUGGCCAUCGAGGAAUGGGUUCCUCUUAUAAAUACAAAAAAGUGUCAGAUGUUCGGGAAAACACCAUCUUUUCUUUGCUGACUGCAGCUAGUAAUGGUGCUGACUUUGUGGAGUUUGAUGUUCUACUCACAAAGGACCAGAUACCAGUCAUUUAUCAUGACUUCAGUGUUUGCCUUUCUUAUUCUCAAAAGGAUAGCCAUGAGCGUCAAUUAUUUGAGAUUCCUGUGAAAGAUCUCAAACUUGAGCACCUUCAGUCCAUGAAGUUGUACCACUCAUCAUCAAAACAUGAAGAGAAAAUAGAAGUGAACCCAGAAAGGACCCCGGAAAAUGAACAACCUUUUCCAACGCUGUGCCAUUGUCUGGAGACUGUUGAUGUUUCAUUAGGCUUCAACAUUGAAGUCAAAUACCCUUUGAAAUUUGAGACUGGAGAGAGUGAGAUGGACAACUAUUUUGAUCAGAACAUGCACACUGAUGAAAUCCUCAAGGUUGUUUUCAAGCAUGCUGGCAGCCGCAAGAUAAUUUUCUCCUCAUUCGACCCAGACACAUGCAUAAUGUUACAGAUGAAGCAGAACAAGUACCCUGUGCUGUUUCUGAGCAAUGGUCCAACAGUCCGGUACACGCCCUACUGUAACUGGCGCUGCAAGACAUUUAACCAUGGAAUCAGUUUUGCAAUGGCUGAGGGCUUGUUGGGAGUGAAUUUCCAAGCAGAGGGUCUCAUCCGUGACAUACCUUUGAUCCAGCACAUUCAGUCCUUGGGCUUGGUGCUAUUUGUGUGGGGGGAGGACCUUAAUGAAGCCCAUGUCAAGCAACUUCUUCGAAAACAUGGAGUUGAUGGCAUUAUAUUUGACAGGAUGGAGAAGCAGAGUCAUGAGUCGUUCUUGGUCAACUCAGCAUCCAACUUGAAGGAGAUUUGCUGUCAGGCCAACCUGAUGAUGCCUGCUAAUAGUUCCCUGAACCUAAUACAAUAAGAUUAGACAUAGUCACUUUGAUGAUGCCUGCUAGUGGUGACCUGAACCCAUUACAAUAACAUUAACAUUAAACAUAGUCACCCUCAUGAUGGCCUCUUAAAUUGCUACAAUACUUUUUACAAGUAGUCAGGCAGAAAUUGUUGUAGCACUGGCCCUCUAUGGAACUUGUGCUUCCUGGGUGAUAUGCCACCAUUAGUUCUUGUGCUCAACCUUAUAACCUUUGAAAAAUACUGUGAUAGGUAGUUGGAUGUCAGAAUCAGGCAUUUGCUAAGAUUUUUUUUUAAGUUUAAGAGAAUUGAAUUCUUUGAAAAGCUUCAGUGUCCCAUCAAAAUUUUUUAGCCUUCUAAUUUAUCUUUUCACAGUCCUUAAUAUUAGCUUCUCUAAAAUGUACUCAGCUCUGAUACCCAAGAUUACUCAGUAAUGUUAGAUUUCUUACCUGAUACUUUCUAGAUUCUGCCGCAACUGCUUUCCUGCUUUCCUUUAACUAUCUGCCAACUGCUUUCCUAUAUCUCACAACUGCUUUACUAUAACUCUCUUUCUAUAACUGUUUCUCAAGUAGUUUCCUGUAACUAUAUACCAAGCAGCAAAAAAGGACAGCAUCAGAUUAUCCUUUCAUUUAUUCCUUGUUACUCCUCAAGGAGCAUAGGACUGCAAUAACACCUCUCCAGUGGACCCGGUUUUGGGCAGCCCGCCCCCCACUCCACUCAGUUGGGUCCUUUGCCUUGCUCUCUACUGUUCUUUUCCGCUUUAGUCUCACAGCUCUCCUCUUCCCCUGAGAGUUUCAGUCAAUUGGGGCAAUGGUGUCAGCUGGUUUGCGCAGGGUGUGUACCAUCCAGC